AUGGCAGAAUUUGUGGCCUACUGGAGCUCUGCAGGAGUGCUGCGAGAUGACUUCAGGCAGAAUCCUACUGAUGUGGUGGUGGCAGCAGGAGAGCCAGCAAUACUUGAAUGUGUCCCUCCCAGAGGUCAUCCUGAACCCACCAUCUACUGGAAGAAAGACAAAGUGCGAAUCGAUGACAAGGAAGACAGGGUCACUAUUCGAGGAGGAAAGCUCAUGAUCUCAAACACAAGAAAGACUGAUGCUGGCAUGUACGUGUGUGUGGGCACCAACAUGGUUGGAGAACGGGACAGUGAGACGGCACAAGUAACAGUGUUUGAGCGACCAACCUUCCUUCGGAGGCCAAUCAACCAGGUGGUCCUAGAAGAGGAGACGGUUGAGUUUCGGUGCCAGGUACAAGGAGACCCCCAACCAAAUGUUCGCUGGAGGAAAGAUGACAUCGAUGUUCCUCGUGGGAGGUAUGACAUCCGCUACGACAAGGACGACUAUAUGCUGAGAGUGAAGAAAGCCUCCAUUAGCGACGAGGGCAUGUUCACCUGUGUGGCAGAAAACCGCGUGGGCAAGCUGGAGGCUUCGGCCACUCUCACAGUCAGAGCUCGCCCUGUUGCUCCACCCCAGUUUGUCAUCCGCCCACGGGAUCAGAUCGUGUCACAAGGCCGCACUGCCACCUUCCCGUGUGAAGCCAAAGGAAAUCCCCAGCCGGCAGUUUUCUGGCAGAAGGAGGGAAGUCAGGUAAGAACACAACACACCCUGAACUCACCAUGAAAAAAACCGUGUGGU